UUCAGACAUGGAGGAGGAGAAGGAGGCUCUGUGGAGACAGAUUCACAUGUUACAGGAUCUCAUCAAUAAUCACAAGACUCUGCACGGCAACGCACCGGCCUCUUCGCGGUGGAGGAACCCAACGCAGCCCGAGCACAGAGCACAGGGGGUCUUCCGUGGUGGGUCUACCCAAAGAGGGGGCCGGUUUAAUGCCCCCCAGCCACCUCAGCCCGGGAACACCUGGAGAAGGAAGUAUUCUCUCGUGAAUCGGACUUCCGAGGUAACAGAGCAGGCAUGCUUGGAUCCCGCAGCCACGUCUUCCGUGCCCCCGUGGGGCAGCAGUGAGACCCCAGCUCCGACGGGACCGGCGCGGACUUCUCAGGCGCCAACUAAGAACGCGGGGAGACAGAAGACCUCCAGGAAUCCUUCGCUUCUGAGCACCGGCAGCGUUUCCGCCGUGUCUGCGACAAAAGCUCCGGCCGCCGGGUCCCAAAAUAAAACGCAAACCGCGAAGGAGCCGGAAGAUCGCGGGAGGACAUGCGCAGAGCGGGCUGCCGGGCCGGUGACUGCUGCAAGUCCGCCAUCGUCCUUGGAACCAAAGGUGUCAUGGAAGCCGGCAGCUCAGGUACCGCGUUCUCUGUCCCUGAAAACCCCGACUCUUACAGCAUCUGAGGCAGAGACCGCUUCACCGGACCCCCCCGCUGACCCCCCCACGGAAUCCGCAAGCAGGCAUCAUGUGACAUCCCGCACCGUGUUCAGUGCAUCCAAAAGCACCUCAACUGCACAAGGACCCCCCAAAACCAGCAGAGCGGGAAAGGCAAAGUAUACGUGGGUAGCAAAUCCCGCUAAAACCCCCCCGGCUAGUAAGAAGAACGGCCCAAAUACAAAGAGGGGACCGGAGCCGGAGCGAACCAAGUCCCCAGUGAAGGGGAAGAAGAGCAGCCCCCAAAAGCCCGCCGCUCCCAAAAACAGGUACAAGUGGAACGCAGAGCGGGCCGGCCAGGCAAACCCCAGCACCUUGUCGCUGGCCACUGACAAGCCUGCAUCCGGCCCGGGGGCCGCACUGAAAAGCCCGGGGGCCGCGGGGCCAAAAACGCCAUUCAGGGAGUCUCCACAUUCCAGUUACAAAGUGAAAAGCAGGACCAAGAUCAUCAAGAGGAGAGGCAGCUCGAGCUCUCCUACGGAGAAAAAGGCCUCCCCUUUGGCCCCUUUCACCAUGAAGAGCCGCUACAGCCUAAGGAGGCGACACUCGCCGCGGAUGAAAUCCCCUCCGGCGCACAGGAGGAGCUCACCCAGGGCGCUGCUGCACAUCUCCAAGCACAAGCUGACGAGGGUCCCCCCGUCCACGCAGCGGAGCCCCGCCAGAGAAGGCUCUGCGUCGCCCACCAUGAAGACCCCCGCCUCCAGCCGCCUUAUAAAAACCCGCUACAGGAUUGUGAAACGAAGCUCCCCUCCUUCACACUCGCCGUCAACACUCAGCACCCUCAGCCAUUCUCUCACCUGGAGGAAACGGUUGCUGCUGCUCAGCCGGAUGCGCCAGCUGUCGCCGGGGGGUCGAUUCCAGUCAAACCAGCAGAGAUGGCGCAGUGGGGGGCUCUGCGUGAUCGGGGGCGCCAUGUACCGAGUGUCCGCCAACAAGCUGUCCAAGGCAUGGAGCCCGGGCACGGCCGGCAAACCAGCAGCGAGAGCCGGGAGGAUAGACCUCGGCGGCUCCAGCCCCCCCAGUAAACCCGCCACCCCGAGCCGGUACAUUGCGAGCCGUGCCGUCCAGCGCAGUUUGGCGAUCAUCCGCCAGGCGCAGCAGAAGAAGCCGCGCAAGGAGUACUGCAUGUACUACAACCGCUUCGGGAGGUGCAACCGCGGAGACCGCUGCCCCUACAUCCACGACCCGGAGAAGGUGGCCGUGUGCACCAGGUUCCUCCGCGGCACGUGUAAGAAGACGGACGGCUGCCCCUUUUCCCAUAAAGUCUCCAAAGAGAAGAUGCCCGUCUGCUCGUACUUCCUGAAGGGGAGAUGUCACAACAACGACUGUCUCUACAGCCACGUCUACGUCUCCAGGAAGGCCGCCGUCUGCCAGGACUUCCUGCGCGGAUACUGCCCCCUGGGAGAGAAGUGUAAGAAGAAGCACACCCUGCUCUGUCCGGACUACUCCAGGGACGGCAACUGCCCGAAGGGCAACAAAUGCAAGCUCCAGCAUCGGCAGAGAAAAAAGCGCGUGGAUAACGCGGCCCCCCAAGAACAGACCCCCACCACCCCCAAGAAAAGCCGACUUUCACCGGGGGCCGACGCGGACGGGUCGGGAACGAGCACCGGGGACGAGGAGCCCCCCGGCCGCCGUGGCUUACAGAACCUCCCGGCCUUCAUCUCGCUGAAUUCCUCUCUGACGCCCACCAGCCACCAGACCCCCGAGUCCAAGACGUCCAAGACAGCAGAGGACGCAGGGAAACGUCUCCAGAUUAAGCCGCGGCUCUGACGUCACUCACAGAGAAUCCGAUAAAUCUCAGGAUCCACAGCCCAGGGCUGCGUGUGCACUAGUGAACGGG